AUGUUCACUAAACACAAAUAUGACAACAUUCUGGUAGUAUUACCUUUUGAUGCCUAUUUAGAAGAUGAAGUGCCUGAUAAAAUUCAAGAAAACUAUAGAAUAAGAUGCUAUAAACUCUACUUCUACCUUGAAGAUGACACAAUUCAAGUUAAUGAACCAGCAUUGAAAAAUAACGGACUGCCUCAAAGAAUUUUUAUCCGGCGUCAUCGGAUUUCUCUGCCGCCUCCUGAUGAGGAUCGGUUUUAUUCUGUGCAUCGUUUUAAUAUCAACAUAGACAUUGUCUUUUAUGGUCGGACAUUCAAGAUUUAUGACUGUGAUACAUUCACAAAAAACUUUUUGAAGAAAAUAGGAGUCAGAUUAAACCCCCCGGGACAGUGUCCAGAAGAUCCUUACCUGAAGACACGGAGAGAGAAGCUAGACUGCAUGGAGCCCUUACGUCCCUAUGAGUCCUUUGACACUCUGAAACAGUUCCUUGAGUAUGAUAGGAAGGUUUUGCGUUUCUUCUGCCUGUGGGACGACUCAGGCUCAGUGUUUGGGGACCAUAGAGAACUCAUCCUGCAUUACUUUCUGUCUGAUGAUACCAUCGAAAUCAAAGGAGUAUUGCCACAUAACUCAGGAAGAGAUGCUAUGUCAUUGUUCCUCCAGAGGAGAAAGGUACCUAAGUAUGGCCCCCCUGGAGUCUAUCAACCAGGCCAGAUAACAGACCGGACAGUUCUCAAUGUAGAUGGUGGCUUGUCAGAGAACCGAGUGUAUGGCUGUCUGUUGGAUAAAUACAAGCUAGGAAAAGUAGACCAAGAGUUUUACAAAGGUAGUGACCUGUCCAUAGGAACCACCAUCAAUGUGUGGGGAAGGAAAGUGCUCCUUUGUGACUGUGAUGAAUUCAUGAAGACUUAUUGUAAGACUAAAUAUGGAAUUGAGAACUUUACCUCGAUUUCAUGCAAGGCCCCACCUCCUCCAAAUAUAGAAAGGAAAUUUCCACGUUACACCGGCUUUGGCUCUGAAGAGGAUUCUCUCUGCUCCUGCAGAGGCCUCGUGCCCACACCUCAUCAGAGGAACUUCAUGGAAAAUGACAGCUACAGCAACAUAAGCAAUACACUCCGUUUUUUUGCAAAACUAAUCACACACAAAUGUGCCGAUGUGGAAGGGACGUUUGCUAUUUCAUAUUUUCUCGGUGAUGACACAAUUUCAGUGUUUGAACCUAUGGAGAGGAAUUCAGGGAAUACUGGUGGGAUGUUCUUAAAAAGAAUUCGUGUUAAGAAGCCUGGACAAGAAGUCUUUAAAAGUAAACUCUCAGAAUAUAUCAAGGCUGAGGAGCUGUAUGUUGGAGCCAAAGUGAACGUGAAUGGCUACCUAUUUCUUUUGGUCAGUGCUGAUGUGUAUACCUUAAACUACAUGGAGAGGAAUUCAGAUAAGUUUCUUAUGAGCAACAUUGAACUUGCCCUACAAAAGACGAAACAAGAAGAAUCACAAUCCAGAGAGCUCAAGCAGGUGUUUACAGCUGCUGAUUGCAUGCACACGAAGAUGGUGGCUUAUAAUACACUCAGAGAAAUACUGAUGCGUCUGUCGGGAAACUCACAGACUAAGAAGUCAUAACCAUUGCACAUCACUACCAGGUGCCUGAGGAUCCCCGUCCAGAUACGAAUGUCCUAAUUGCACAGGCCCAUGAACAGCUCAAGAAAAAUACUUUUGAGAAUUUUGAAAGACUCAUUGCUACCUGUGUAUACCA